AUGUUCCGCUUCUCGAUGGACGGCCUCUCGCUCAACCGCCACGAGAAGGACCGCUUGCGGGAGGGCUUCCUGGCGGAGCGGAUGCGGCCGGAGUGGGGCCCUCGUCUGAUCGUCAUCCGCCCGGAUGGCCCGCGGGUGGCCGUGGACGCCGCCCGAUACCCCUUGGAUCUCACGGAUUGUUGGCAUCGCCCGCUCGAUCUCGCCGCGGUGCGGGAUCCCGCGCGGGUUUUUUUCCUCGGCUCCGACGUGGAGGCCCCGCGUCGGGGGUUCUUCGCGACGGACGCCGCCAACCUCAUCGCCGGGGCCCUCCCUGGGCUCGCCUGGGUGGCGGUGAAGGGGCCGCUGCUCGCGGGGCUGCCGGAGAAGGCGCUGGCGGUUUUGGGGCUCGCCCUCGCGGGGGUGGGGUGGCACCUCACGCAGGGCUUUUGCGGGAAAUGCGGGGGGGUCACGAGCGCCCAGCAGGAUGGCGGCCUCAGCCGUCGUUGCGCGCGUUGCCGCCGGCAGAUUUUCCCGCAAAUCACCCCUGCCGUCCUCGUGGCGGUGCUCGACGGGCGGGGCCGCGUGCUCCUCUCGCAGCGGCAUCGCGGCAGCCCCGUGCUGACGAUCCUUUCGGGUUUCAUCCUGCAAGGUGAGACCGCCGAGGCCGCCGCGCGGCGCGAGGUCGAGGAGGAAACCGGCGUGCGCAUCGACAAGAUGCAUUACGUCGGCUCCCAGACGUGGCCUUUCCCGAAUCUGUUGAUGCUGUGCUACUACGCGGUCGUGCAGGAGUACGACCGGGAUAAGGCGCUCGUCGUGGAGGCCGACGAGCUCAUCAAGGUGGAGUGGGUUCACAAAGAGGAAGUGCGGAAGGCUCUCGCGGGGAGCCACCCUUCCAUCGCGUGCCCACCAUACUGGACGGCGGGAAACCAAAUGUUAAGGGAGUGGGUUAAUGGCGUGGUCAAUGAUAAGGGUGAGGUGAUGGGGAACCCACAGGCCAAGGUAUAG